CAAUCCCUCCCUUUCCAUUACUGUUCGGCCUGCCAUCAAAAUCGUAGCACAGAUUCUCAAAAUUCAGUUCUAAAUUCUAUUAGGGAAAAUAUAUUUGGUAAAUACUUUCGGAAAAAUGCCUGGCAAAAAUUCAUUCCUCUACAUGUUCGAGUUCGUGGUCGAUGAUCUGCUGAUCACGCGGCAGAAUCUGUGCGCCCCCGAGGAGUAUCCCACCUGCACGGAGAUCUCGUUCCGGUCUUCGGUGUUUCUCUCCGUCUGCGAUCGUGAGUACGGGACGUGCGUGAAUCCGUGCGGCCCCAAGUGCGGCAAGUGCUGCCUCUUCACGCUGGAGUCGCCGGUGACCGAUAAGGAUCGCAUCCAGGUGCAUGUCUAUAAGAAGCGCACGGAGAGCUGUAAGUUCUUGAUUGGUCUGUCCGAUUUUGCGGCCAAGCCGAUCUUCGAUCGCGUGAACGAGUCCUUCGAUGCGGAGAAUCCCAAUUGGAGCAAGGCCCUGCAGUUGCAUCUCCAGAAGAUGCCCAAGCUGCGCUCCCCCAACAAGGAGGCGCCGCAGGACGACUGCCACUGCUACGAGCCGCACUCCGGGCGUCGGGAGCAGUGGUGCCCCACAUCGGAGCUGUCGAAGCGCCUGCUGCCGCUUUUCAAUCUCUGCAAUAUGCAGACCGGCAACAUUGUCCUGAUCAUGCGGUUGGUGUGCAACGGUCCGGCCAUUGUAUCCUCCUUUCCGUUCUCAAGGGUCUGCUCGCGGAACCCCAAGUGUCCGCCGCCCUGUGGAUCGCCGUCUCCGCCUCCGUGUGGCAGUGAGGCCGAUCCCUGCGCUGCUUGCGGCUCCUGUCCGCCGACCAGCGCCACCGGAGGACCCAUGGACAAGAAGAGCGGCGGGUGUCGCGGCGGUGGAUGUCCACCGUGUCCCAGGCCCUGCCAGAUGCCCGAUCCGUGUGCGCGGAACGAUUUGGAUCGUCCCAAGUGCCUGCGCUACUAUGCCUGCAACUUGGACAAGCAGUGCCCCUGCGAUUACUGCGAGGAUGAGUUUGACAGGCAAUGCCCCACUGUCACCUGCAAGGGUCGCCCCAAGUCCGUUAUUGAGCAGCGCCUGCAGACCUGCGGCCCUUGCGGUGGUAUUCCCGCGUAUCCACGCUAUGUCCAGGAGCAGAAAAAGGCCGAAGCCGAGGCCCUGGCCAAGGACAAGGACUUACAAGCCGAAAAGGACAAAAAGGAGGCAAAGGAUGCCAAGGGCAAGGGCAAAAAGGACAAGAAGCGGCAAUCGGGCGGCGGCUUCUUCUGCGAGAAUGAUGGUCCUGGACCCUCCACUGUCUACGACACAUGGGGCACUGGCGGCCAAUCGCUCUCUAUGGGACUCGACCAACGGAAGUCGCAUAAUUGCAGUCCAUGUGAAGCCUGCUGUCCACAGUACGAGGCCUGUUGCGAUGCGGCGCGGAAACGAGCACUAAGGAAAUUGCGCCAUUUGCUGGUUAAGUACAACAUCCAAAUUGAGUAAAUCUCUCGGGAUAUUCUCCCGUAUCCAAAUUGAAAUUUGAGCAUCAGAUAAAACAGAAACUACAGAC